AUGGGACCUAUGUUGCCACGUCAACAUUUAACGGACUUGUUAACAGUAAAAGUAGCAGAUGUACCUAUGUACGUUUUUCGUGAGUUUGUGUAUGAAUUUGUAGAGUCCUACAAGUUUGGGUUCCAAUUUGAAACGACUGUCAAAGUGAGUGCUAAUGGCUGGGAUGCUAAUUUUUUAUCUAGUGACUCUUGUCACAAACCGUGGAAGGGCACCUCUAGUGGUUAUCCUGCAUUUCUUCAAGGCUGUGAGUUUGUGGUUGGUGGAGGAGAUAGGGUGAGAUUUUGUGAGGAUGAUUGGUGUAGGGGAGGUGUGCUCAAAGAGGUUUUCCCCAGACUCUUCAUUCUGUCCAGUAAGCAGCAUUCCAGUAUUUCUUCUGUUGUGAGUUCCGGGGCGUAUCCCCAGAAUUGGGAUUUCGGACUUAGAAGGCACCUUACUGUGUGGGAGAUUGAUGAGGUGACUAGGUUACUGGUUAUCCUGAAUGGCGUUAGAUUGAUUCCCUCUAGGAGGGACAACAGGUGUAAGUUGGAUCACUCUGGGUUAUACUCAUGCCACUCUUUUCGUUCCUUCAUUCAGGAUAAUGGUUCUGCAGAGAAGUUCCCUCCUUACCCUCAAAUUCCAGUAAUUCUUCUAUGGCAGGUUGCCAUUGGAAAAGUAAAUACUUCUGACACUUUGCAGAGGCAUCGCCCCUUUAUGUGCUUAUCCCCACUGGUGCACUCUUUGCAUAUGGACAGGGAAAGCACGGAUCAUCUGUUCAUUCACUGUUCCUACACCUUAAAGGUGUGGUGGUUACUUCUUCGGGAAGUUAAUGCUGCUUGGGUUAUUCCUAAAGGCUGCUUUCAGCUGUUAUCCUACAAGAUUGAUGCGCUGGGUAGGGGGAAGAAAGCUAAAGUUCUGUGGGGUUGCUUGGUGCAUGCAGUGUUUGGGAACUUAUGGUUGGAGCGUAACAGAAGAAUUUUUUAG